AAACGUAAAUCAUAGACACCCCCAACAAUUGACUACAAGAAUCCAUUAGUUCAAUGUCAGUAGAAACCGACGAUGAGAGGCUGCGCGUGUCUAUUGAUAGCGUAAAUCUAAACGACGAUCUAGCGGCCGAAUCUGAGAUUUCUUCUUCUUCCAUUUCGGUAGCGUCUACAUCACGGCACCAUGCUUCUUCCAAGAGACUUUCAAGCUCAGCGUUAUCGUUCCGAAACAGCAUUGAUGCCGAGUCCAGCUUUCUGUCGUCGCCCUACUUCUAUGCGACAAACUCGCACCUGGCGAACAAUGCCAACCGGGAACAACAACAAAUAAUGCAAAUACUCGAACAAGAUACACUUUCUCCACUUGGGCCUAAUGCAAUCUAUAAACUUACAGUUUCCUCGGACUUUGCGCGAACACAGAAGAACCGUGCCCCCAAGAGCCAUGUCACAAUCAAUGGGGGAGAGACCACCGUGUACAACCUUCAUACACCCACCACUAGUGCAAUCCCACAAAUUCAUUUACUGGCGUUGACCCAAAGAGUUAAAAACAGCGAAUUAAAGGAGAGGUAUAUUGAUCAUGACAUAGAUUCCGAAUAUAGACGAUUUGAUCUGCUGAAUAAUAAGUUAACAGAAGAUAUACUUCAGAAAUUUACUUCAGAAAUGACCGAACGGGAAUCCCAACAACAGCACCCUACAAUCCCAGAAAUUUUCAGAGAUCCUGACUUCCGUUUGGAUGAUCCACGUACGUUCAAGAAGGUUGUAGAAAAUUCAACCAUCCUUUCUCUGGAUGAAAACCAUCUUGAGGCAAGUGAGUACCUUGUAAACAACACACAGAUCCAAGAGAAACUUUCUUCCUAUCUUGACACAGUAGAGAUCCAAUUGGUACAAGAAAUAUCCCGUUCAUCUAAUUCAUUUUUUAACACCUUGGACGCUAUACAGGAUAUAGAACAUCAAUCAGGUUCAUGCAAUCAUCGGUUUGAUGAUAUCAUCAAUUCCCUUCAACUGAUGGAAGACAACGAAUGUACCAAUGGAUUAGAAAUCUUGAACAAGAUAAAGCUUCGUAAAAACGUUGAUCGUUUGGAGGCCUCAUUGAUUCAAAUUCAAUGUAUAUUACAGAAUUAUGAGUUAUGUCAAGAGAGUUACUCCAAGGGUGCAUUCACCAAAUGUCUUUCACAAAUAGUCUUAUUGGAGCAUCUUAGUUGUGGCUCAGAGCGUGAAGAUCUCCCCACGGAUAUUGAUAUCAGCACAUAUCCAAACAAUUUGCAAUUCCCAUUAGUUGAUUUGACGUCACUUCCCGCCCUUUUCGACUUGCAUAAUAAUCUUCACAAAUUGAAAUUGGAUUGUUCAAGAAGAUAUAUUGGUAUUUUUGUAGAUACCUUGGCAGAAGAUUUGAAUGAUCAUUGCGCUAGUAUUCCAGAACAAGAAACUUUGGAUCGAAUGGGAGGACUUAAAAGACCAAACAAAUAUCAAACAAUCCCUGAAGAAACUAAAAAUAAACUCAAGGAAUUUGUUGUAAACUUGGUAAAUUCAGGGCAACUUACACAGGCAUAUGCUGACUACCAAGAAAGGAUCGUAACUGAAGUGAAAGAUAUUAUUAAGGCUCAUUUACCUAAGAGUGGAAAUGCCGGGGCUAAUCUGGUUGAUAUGUCCAAUGCACCUUCAAGAUCUUCUUCCGUACCCCCACCACAGGAGAAUAGGGAAGGAGGGAAUGGUUAUUCUUUGGAUUCACAAACUCAAACAAAUCAAACUUCUCUUUCUACUAAUCUUAAAUCUAUGUCUGCCACAGAGUUCGAAACUAUGCUUACAACAAUCUUUACGAACUUAUCAGAAUGCUUGAGACGUCUUACAGCGCACCAAAAGUUACUUCUUGAUCUUGCCCUCACGGCAAUUCCAAUGACUGAUAGCAUUGAUGUUAUGGCACUUGAUAUCACUACAGCCAUUAAUAAAGCGAUUGAGAUUACUCAAGUUAGACUUGCCAAAAUUAUUAAUGUUCGCCUGGAACAAAUUGCAGACUUGAGCUUAGAUUCAUACCUCAAAAUGUAUGCUCUUUCAUCGGCUUACCUUCAAGAAUGCGAAUUGAUCAAUCCAGGGUUUAUUAGUAAUGGAGGAGGAAGCACCUUUAAUGAUUGGGUACGCAACCACGUUGGCUAUUUCAUUCAUCGGAUGCAUCUGAACUCAUUGAAACUGCUUAUUGCGGAUUGUGAUAAGGAAGUAUGGAAAGAAGUACUGGAUAGUGGUACAUUACAGGAAUCGCAACAGAUUCUUGAUGAAAUCAUUGGAUACGCAGAGUUUGUUGAAUCUCAAGGUAAAAGGGGGUUUUCUGGUCAACCUUGGUUGCAAUGUAUGAAGUUAGAUUCAGAGAGUAAACCAGUCGAAACUCCCGUUAUUCAAAUUUCCAAUUCCAGACUUACAAUUGGCAACAAGCUGUUCUUGAUUCCCACGUUAACAACAAAGGCUCUCAAACUGAUUAGAAACUAUAUUAUCUUGAGUAAACUAUUCCCACACAGGAGUGCUACUAUUGAAAACGAUUUAUUAAAUUAUUUCAAACUAAUGAACUCGAGAUCUUCACAGGCUAUUCUUGGAGCAGGUGCUACUAGGACUGCUGGGUUGAAGCAUAUUUUCCCUAAACAUAUGGCAUUAUGUAUUCAAAUGGUCGGUAUUAAUAUUGAAAUUUUGGAAAACAUCCAACAUGCAUUUAUUAAAAACAAUUCAGAUGGACCAGUCAAUGUUGGGCCUGAUGAAUUAACAUUCUCACGUAUUGCAAGUAAUUAUAGAGAUCACGAGAAUGAGAUAUUCAGCAAGUUAAUUGCAAUGAUGUACGAGCGUACUGUGAACCAUUGCAAUACAGUGAAGACCAUUGAUUGGUCCGAACCUAUCAAGCCACCACAACAAUGUCACCAGUACAUGGAAACACUUGUGAAAGAUACAACUACAAUAACCAAGGUUCUUGUAAAAUAUUUACCAGAACUUCAAUGUUCCCUUAUACUUCUGCAAGUGUUUGACAACUACAAAAAGCUUUUUGUUGAAUGCUAUUGUACCCAACUCCCUCAAUUCAAAGAUUUCAAUGAAAAGCAUACUUUGUUGAAAGAUAUUGACUACUUUAGAGUUAAACUUGGAGAGAUUCCUGGAUAUGGAAACUCUGGCCAAGUUAUUUGGGAGAAUAUUAAUGCAAUGCCAACCAUUGAAGAUGCGAAAAUGGAGGAGAUUAUGAGAAGUAAUAUAGAAGGUGAGAGGAAUGAGCAAAAGAAAAGCCAAGAAUUAAAGGAAAGAAGGUCGAUGGAAAUUGUCUCUGAACCAGCACAAGAAGAACCUAAGGAAGAACCUAAGGAAGAACCUAAGGAAGAACCUAAAGAAGAACCUAAAGAAGAACCUAAGGAAGAACCUAAGGAAGAACCUAAGGAAGAACCUAAAGAAGAACCUAAAGAAGAACCUAAAGAAGAACCUAAAGAAGAACCUAAGGAAGAACCUAAAGAAGAACCUAAAGAAGAACCCAAAGAAGAACCAAAGGAAGAACCUAAGGAAGUACCGAAGGAAGAACUUGAAGAAGAACCCAAGGUAGCCAAGGAAGAACCCAAAGAAGAAGUCAAAGAAGAGGUCAAGGAAGAACUUAAAGAAGAAUCCAAGGAAGAACCCAAAGAAGAGUCUAGGGACAUUAAAAAAGAUUUAAAUGAAUAUCCAUCUGAGCCAAAUAAUGAUGCUAAAAGUGCAGGUGCAGCAAAUACGUCCAAUGAAGUUCUCCUAGAAAGUGUAGUCAACAACAAUCAUGUUGUGAAUGGGGGUAAGUCUACAGAGAAUGGAACAAAAACAAAGGAACUCUUUGUAGAGGAUAACCAAAUGGUUUCUACUUUAGAAAACUCAAAGGAAAUAGAAAAUCUGGAAAAACCUACCAAGGAAGACAGUACCGAUGUGAAAGAGAAAGUAAAUUCAGAAGUAGAUGUAUUAAAAUAGCCUUAAUCCGAUAAUACAAAUUUUAAGGUAAUCAUUGAAUCAACAGAAUAUUAGUUAAUCCGCAUAAAUAUAUUAAAAUUA